UUUGUUACUCAAUACAGAAAAGUAGAAUUUUUCACUGUCGCAAUAUUAAGAAAAGUAGUUUGAUCAUAGCAAGCUUUAGAAGUCGUUAAUUGAAGUUAAAACACAAUUUAAAGAAAUACUUCUGUAAACAAAAUGGUUGAAACUGGUAAAAAGUUAAGUGAAUUAAGGGUUUCUGAUCUGAAACUUCAGCUUGAGAAACGUAAAAUGGAUACUGUUGGUGCUAAGGCCACAUUAGUAGAACGUUUAGAAAAGGCCUUAAAGCAAGAAGGCCAUGAUCCUCAGAAAUACGUUUUUAAAAGUGGAGAUAAAAUAACUCCAAAAUCUAAAGAUAGAACUGGAACGGAAGAAAUAAAAAUAAAGGAAGAACCCGUUAUGGAUGGUUACCCAGAAGACAGUCGUGAUGGAUUUCAGUCUGGUAAUGAAAAUGGCGAUGCAGAUGCGAACGUAGAUGACGAGAUUGAUCAAGUGGGAACUGUAGAUGACGAGUGUGUUAUCAUUGAAAAUGAAGAUGAAGAGUCUCAAUAUGUUGAUGAUGCAGAUGCUGAAGCAGACGUCGAUGCUGAUGCUGACGCUGAUGAACAAGAAAAUGAGGAAAAUGAACGUGGUGAAGGUGAUGAAGUGCACGAAGAAGAGGACGAAGAAGAAAUUAGUGAAAAUAAUAAUCAUGACACCGAAGAAUCAAUUAAUUUGACAAUUGGCGAAGAAGAGCAACAAUUAUUACAUGAAGCUGCAGAUGAAAAAGAAAAAACAGCUGAAGCCAGCAAAUCACAAAAGGAUAAGAGCUCAGCUAAGGAACAACAAAAUAGCGACAAAGGAAAAAAAGAUGAGAAAAAGGGUGGCAAAGAUGAGGCUUCCAACAAAAAUAAGAAAAAAGAAGAGAAGUCCAUUGACAAAAAAGACACGAGUGAACAUAAAUCGUCAACAAAAUCGUCACAUAAGGAUGAAAAAGAAAAGACUACUAAUGCAUCAACUGUUAGCAUCUCAUCGAAAUCCUCAAAGCCUACAGUUCCAUCACGUAAUUUAUGGGUUUCCGGUUUAUCAACAUUGACACGUGCAAGUGACUUGAAAACAAUUUUCUCCAAGUAUGGCAAAGUAAUCGGUGCAAAGGUUGUUACAAAUACGCGUACACCGGGUUCCCGUUGUUACGGUUACGUUACAAUGUCAUCAUCAUCUGAUGCUACUCGUUGUAUCGAAAAUUUGAACCGGACUGAACUGCAUGGCCGCAUUAUAUCUGUGGAACGUACAAAAAAUGAAAUUGGUAAUACAUCAAACGGAGCUAAGGACUCAGCAAAAGUUACAGGUUCGCGUUCAGCAUCCAAAAAGAAAGAUGACGACAAAAAAAGUUCUGCUAAAGAUGGUGCCAAACCUUAUGAUGAAAAACGGAAACUUGGUGAUACUAAAAAAGACGAUAAGGACAAAGAUAAGGGAAAGGAUAAAAAAGAUGAUAAAGAAGCCAAAGAUGAAAAAUCAAAUGACAAUAAACGUUCACGUGACCAAGUUCGUUCCAAGGAAGUCGAUAAAGAGCGUGAACAGCGCAUACGCGAAAGGGAACGUGAACGCGAGCGCAUACGUCAACGCGAA